GAGCGAGCAGGAUAGAUUCUGAUAGCUACUUGAGGAAAGCACCACGAUCUGUAAAUAGAGAUGAAUAGGAUACACUCUUAAUUGUAUGAUUCGGUCGUGGAGACGGAUUUGCCCCGACAAUCUGACUACAGAGGCGCUUCGACGGCAAGACAGGUUACCAUCUUUGAGAGUCCUUAACAGUUCUUAGUAACUAGGGGACAAUCACGAUUGAUGCUGAGGUCGCAAAUAACGGAUCGACAGGCUCUUGAUCAGGCGGAAUCUGCGGCCGCCUUGUUAUCAGCGCUGCUCUUUUUCUUGUCUUGUAGUGCCCAACACUCCUGUUACGUUGAGGAGACAGCUGUUGGCUUUUUCGAGGCCUUCAAUCAGCGACCGCAACCAUUCUUUCGUUCCGUCGGCAUCUCCCGCUUUGUGCGAUGUAUGAAAGAAGAGAACACAAUAAUCUCGUCUUGUUGGAUAAAGAACGUGGUGCGCGCGUCCCCGCUCUGCUAGUAGCGGUGUUGCCGCUGACGUUAUGGUGAUAAGUUGUAUGAAGGCGGUAGUCCUGCUUU